CCACCCCCGGCCUUUCCAGGAGGAGGUUUGCAGCAUGAUCAACCAAAGAUACGUGGAGUUCCUGCCCAGCAUGCAGAGCGCCAAGGACCUGGAGUCCCAAGUGGAGGAACUCUCGGACGGCAUCGACCAGCUAAGGUCCAGGAUCGAGAACGAGGUCCAGCAAGACCUCAACGUGGCCAUCACAGACUUUGCGGACCUGAAGCAGCAGCUGGAGAGGGAGGUGCUUGUUCUGAGCGUGCUGAAGCAGCUCCAAGAGUUUGACACCGCUCUCAAGCAGUUCGGUACCUUGCUGCCUCUGAAGAAGUACACGUCAGCAGCUGUCCACCUGAACAAGGCCCGGAGAAGCCUGAAAACCAUGGAAUCCCGCCGGGGUUUUGAGCUGAAGAUCCUGAAGGCGCUCGGCCGGGAGCUCACCAUACAGACCCAAAACAUUCUGUAUCUUUUGGAUCAGGAGUGGCAGCGAAUGGUGGUCUGGAAGCUUCCCCAGUCACCAGAACUCAGCUGCCUAGAGGCAGCUACCCAAACGGAGUUGCACCUGUGCCUGCCCACAGAAGAUCCAGGAGUUUCAACGGUCCUGCAGGCUUUUGCCACCCUGGGGGAGCUGGAGAUGAAGUUUAAGCAUUUUGGACAGUUACUGCUGAAGCACGUCCUCAAGCCUUUGAUCUGUUGCCCCUCCUUACGGCUCUCGGUGGAAGACCCACCUGAUGGCGUCACGCUCAAAUUCGAGUCUGUGGGCUCUGACCUGGGCCAUCCAUCCCCUUUGGAAGCGUUUGCGAAGCUCACAUCGGUGUUCAAAGUCCUCCACCAACACCUGCUGGAGCGUCCUCCCCUCUCUGCAGACACACCGCUUGGCCCUUGCGAGGGAGAGGAGGGGGCGGAGACCGACCCCAGGCCCGUUUUGGCCGAGGUGCUGGGCAACGUGGUUUGGAAGAAGGUGUCCGACUGCCUCAUUUGCGAUUGCUUGGUGCACUCCAUCCCCAGCAACAGCAGCCAGCUUGCCCAGUACAAGGAGGUUAUUAAAGCAACAGAAGACUUUGAAAAAGCCUUAAAAGACAUGAAGUUCCUCCCGGAGGAUUCCAUGGACUUGCUAACUUACGCCCGCAACGUGAACUGCCAUUUUGCCAACAAGAAAUGCCAGGAUGUCAUUGUGGCUGCCAGAAACCUGAUGACCUCAGAAAUACACAACACCGUGAAGGUCACUCCAGACUCUCUGGUAACCCUCCCCACCCUGCCCGCCUCUGGAGCUGGGGACCAGUCAAAGCUGCCGGAAGGGUCCGAGCUGCUCCUCAAGCAGGUGACCAACUUGGAGAACAAGACCAAGCUGAGCCGCCACACCUUUUCUUUCCCCACCUGCCGCAUCAGCGACUCGGUCCAGAGAUUGAUGGCUUUGGCCUAUCAGACCCUCCAGGAGGCCUCUGCCAGCACUGACCAAUGUUGCAUCCAGCUCUUCUACUUGGUACGGAACAUCUUCCAUCUCUUCUGCGACGUGGUGCCCAUGUAUCAUAAAGAAAACCUUCAGAAACUUCCCCAGCUGGCUGCCAUCCACCAUAACAACUGCAUGUACAUUGCCCAUCACCUCCUGACCCUGGGCCACCAGUUCAGGAACCGGCUGAGUGAUGGGACAGCCACCUUCGUCGACCUGGUGCCCGGGUUCAGGAAACUGGGGACGAAGUGUUUCCUCGCCCAGAUGCGGGUCCAAAAGGAGGAGCUUCUGGAGAGACUCUCCAUCUCGAGGAAUUUCUCCAACCUGGAUGAUGAGGACAACUACUCUGCGGCGAACAGAGCUGUCCGUCAGGUUCUGCACCAACUGAAGAGGCUUGGCAAAAUCUGGCAGGAUGUUCUACCGGUGAACAUCUACUGCCGGGCCAUGGGGACCCUGCUGAACACCGCCCUGGGGGAAAUCAUUGGCAGGGUCAUUGCUCUGGAGGACAUCUCCGCUGAGAACGCCGACCGGCUGCACGCCCUGUGCAAGACUGUGGUGGACGAGGGUCCCCGGAUCUUCGUGCCCCUCCCGGAAGAAAAGGAGAACCGGCCCUUCCAGGAGGAGGUGCCUGUUUACGUGCCCAAGUGGAUGAUGUUCCAGGAGCUCAUGCUGGUCUUGCAGGCCAGCCUGCAAGAAAUCGUGGACCGGUGGGCGGGCAGCAAAGGCCCCCUGGCCGCGGAGUUCUCCUCCAGCGAGGUGAAGAACCUCAUCCGAGCCUUGUUCCAGAACACGGAGCGGAGGGCGGCCGCCUUGGCCAGCAUCAAGUAGCUUCUGCGCCUCGGAAGGACCCUCCUGGACGGACCGGACCACGCUCCUCCCUGCAGCCGAGGCUGACCCCUCCCUGAUCUCCCCUUCCCCCUCCGUGGAGUUCUGCCAGGGCCGGAGGUGGCCGGAGAUGUUUCCGUGGUCGUUUUGGAGCCCGUCCAGUCCCACGAGUGGAAACACACACGCACGGUCUCUGGACCUCAGAAAACAACUUUCCCAGCAGAACCUGUGAUCCACGGACUGGACCUUCCACACAAAGAAGAUUCCCCCCCCCCCCAACAGGUCCAGAUCGGGGCCAUGACGCUGCUUUCUCUGCUGGGCCGAGCCCAGUUUGGCUUGCUGGAGCUCUGGGCAGCCCCACCUCAAAAGCCAGACGGGAAGAAACGGCAUCUAUGCAGCUGCUUCCCAAGGGAGCCGCCCUCCUCCUCCUCCUCCUCCUCCUCCUCUCCUCGCGCACCUGGCCGCUUCUCUUUUGCCAGGAGCUCCUAAAGCACACCUGACUUGAAAGGGGCGUUUUGGGGGGGGAGGGAUAUACAAACAAACCUUCCAGCCGCUGCUUUUCUAGGCUCAUAAAAGUGCCGACGUGGCCUUGA